CGGAGGAAGCGCUGAGCCCACACCUCCUCGUCCCACCCCCUCCCCCCGGGUGCUGGCUCCAUGUCUGUGUGACCGGCCCCAGGGGUAGAGUCCAGGCCCGACGCGGGGCGGGCCGGCGGCGGCGGCUGAGGUGAGAGGCGGCGGCGGCGCGGGCACCCGGCCCCCCAGCGGGAGGAUGAAGCGGCGGAACACCGAGUGCAGUAAGCUCCGCCGCCCCCUAAAGCGGAACCGGAUCACCGAGGGCAUCUACGGCAGUACGUUUUUAUACCUGAAAUUCCUGGUAGUGUGGGCACUUGUCCUCCUGGCAGAUUUUGUCCUGGAGUUCAGAUUUGAAUACCUGUGGCCAUUUUGGCUUUUCAUCAGAAGCGUCUAUGAUUCCUUCAGAUACCAGGGACUGGCCUUCUCAGUAUUUUUUGUUUGUGUAGCAUUCACGUCAAAUAUAAUAUGUCUGCUGUUCAUCCCCAUACAAUGGCUUUUUUUUGCUGCUAGUACAUAUGUGUGGGUUCAGUACGUAUGGCACACAGAAAGGGGAGUGUGUUUGCCCACAGUAUCCCUCUGGAUACUCUUUGUUUAUAUUGAAGCAGCAAUUAGAUUUAAAGAUCUCAAAAAUUUUCAUGUAGACCUUUGUCGUCCAUUUGCUGCUCACUGUAUUGGGUACCCUGUGGUGACUUUGGGCUUUGGCUUCAAAAGUUAUGUAAGCUACAAAAUGCGGUUGAGGAAGCAGAAGGAAGUGCAAAAAGAGAACGAAUUUUACAUGCAGCUUCUUCAACAAGCCCUCCCUGCAGAGCAACAAAUGCUACAAAAGCAAGAAAAAGAGGCUGAGGAAGCAGCCAAAGGAUUACCUGAUAUGGAUUCCUCAAUCCUCAUACACCACAACGGAGGUAUCCCAGCCAAUAAAAAACUCUCCACAACUUUGCCAGAGAUAGAAUACCGAGAAAAAGGGAAAGAAAAAGACAAAGAUGCCAAAAAACACAACCUUGGAAUAAAUAACAACAAUAUUCUACAACCUGUAGACUCUAAAAUACAAGAAAUUGAGUAUAUGGAAAACCAUAUCAAUAGUAAAAGAUUAAAUAAUGAUCUCGUGGGAAGUACAGAAAAUCUCUUGAAAGAGGACUCAUGCACUGCUUCCUCAAAAAACUACAAAAAUGCCAGUGGAGUUGUGAACUCCUCACCUCGAAGUCACAGCGCCACAAAUGGGAGCAUUCCUUCCUCAUCUAGUAAAAACGAGAAGAAGCAGAAAUGCCCUAGCAAGAGCCCAAGUGCACACAAGGACUUAAUGGAAAACUGUAUUCCUAAUAACCAGCUAAGCAAACCAGAUGCACUGGUAAGGCUGGAACAAGACAUUAAAAAGUUAAAGGCCGACCUGCAGGCCAGCAGGCAAGUGGAACAGGAGCUCCGCAGUCAGAUCAGCUCCCUCUCGAACACCGAGCGAGGGAUCCGCUCAGAAAUGGGCCAGCUCCGGCAAGAGAAUGAGCUGCUGCAGAACAAGUUACAUAAUGCUGUGCAAAUGAAGCAAAAAGAUAAGCAGAAUAUCAGCCAGUUGGAGAAAAAGCUAAAAGCUGAGCAGGAAGCCCGAAGUUUUGUAGAAAAGCAGUUAAUGGAGGAAAAAAAAAGGAAGAAGUUAGAAGAAGCUACUGCUGCCCGGGCUGUUGCAUUUGCUGCUGCGUCUAGGGGAGAGUGCACCGAAACCUUACGGAAUCGGAUCAGAGAAUUAGAAGCAGAGGGCAAGAAGCUCACAAUGGACAUGAAGGUGAAAGAAGACCAGAUCAGAGAACUAGAACUGAAAGUUCAGGAGCUUCGGAAGUAUAAGGAAAAUGAGAAGGACACUGAGGUGUUAAUGUCAGCCCUCUCAGCCAUGCAAGAUAAAACGCAGCACCUGGAGAACAGCCUGAGCGCAGAGACAAGAAUCAAGCUGGACCUGUUCUCCGCACUGGGGGAUGCAAAGCGACAGCUCGAGAUUGCCCAAGGACAAAUUCUUCAGAAAGACCAGGAAAUCAAGGACCUAAAACAGAAGAUAGCCGAAGUCAUGGCCGUCAUGCCCAGCAUAACAUACAGUGCUGCCACCAGCCCCUUGAGCCCCGUUUCCCCACACUACUCUUCCAAAUUUGUGGAGACCAGCCCCUCUGGACUCGAUCCCAAUGCCUCUGUUUACCAGCCCCUGAAGAAAUGAAGGCCAGCAGUGUGUUUUUUCCAGGCUUUGGUUAUCAGAAAGCAUCACAAAGGAGCGUCUCUGGCAGUCAAGAUUAAAAAAAGUUUAUAUUGUAUUUUGUGGGACUGUAUAUGUUGUCGUUUUUAAAAAGGGGGGGGAAGAUAACAUCCAAGUCUGAUUAGAACUGCCCACCAGUUUUUCUUGUAAGUUUUUAGAAGACCUCACAGAACUUUGCAGUUUAUUUUUCUCGGCCAUUACAUUAAAACCAUUCUUGGAUUUCAAGUAGCCAAUUUUGCCUUUUAUGUAUUCUUACAGUUUCCUCUUGAAGAAAAAAAAAAAAGCAGAGUUUU